AUGUCAUCCAUACCUUCUAUGAAUUUGUUCAGUGGACCACAAAUCUAAAAGACUAGAUCUAUUUAUCGUCCUUUUGGAACUCAUGAAUCUAAUUACUAUUCAUAGCCUCCCAAAUAAUUCUAUCCGGAAAAAUAUUCCUCAAUUCCAUCUUAUCAUGAAUAUUUGGCAAAUCAAGGAAGACCAGAUUAUAAUUAAUCCUAUCCUGAAUACAUAGAUAAAGAACAUUAUGUUCCUAUUAAACAUGAAAGUCCUUUUUAAACACUUUACAAGUAUGAUAAAACUAAUCCUACUCCUAAAGAUGCCUUUAUUACUCCGUAUCGACCUAAAGUACCAACAGAUGAAGAAAUUUAAGAGCAUAUUCCUAUUAUUGAUUUAGUGAUUGAAUAACAGAGGUUUUACUCUCAUUUUUCAGAUCAUGGUCUCCCUAAAGGGUAUGCCGAAAAAGAUUAUCAAAGAGAAUUAGAAGACAGAUAUAACAGAGAUCUAACACAACAAAUUAAUAAUGGCUUUAAACUACAAGAAACAAGAACUAAGAAGGAAAUUGAUGAUUUUUAUAGAAAUAUUAAAGUUGCGGUAGAUGAAAGAGGAAGAGUUCAAAUUAAUAAUAUUAGACAACCAUAACAAGUCUAAAAGGGAGUUUCCACUAUUUAUAAGACAACUGAAGACACUGCUAAAGUUGCCAGCAAUUUACAACCAUUUGAUAAUAAUUCCUAUCAAUAACCUAACAAAUAAUAAGAAUAACAAUAAUAUAUUAACCACUUUUAAGGAUCUUUUCAUCCUUAUUAGUAACCUACUUAAUAGCAAUAACAAUAAUAGUAGCCAAUUCAUACAGAAGAAAAGGCUCCAUCUGAAAAAAACUCAAUUGUAAUACCAAUACCUGGUGAUUCAAAUUUAUAAUAAUCAUAACUUGAAUAAUCGAAGGUAAUUACUAGCAAUGAUUGA